UCUCAGUCUGAGGAAGGAUCUCGAUCCGAAACGUCGCCUAUUCCUUUUCUCCAGGGAUGCUGCCUGGCCCGCUGAGUUAGUCCAGCUUUUUGUGCCCUUCAGCAAAUUGUUUCAAAAAAUGUUGGCGGUACACUGUUGGAAUUAUAGUGCCCUCUGCAGUUGAAGUCUGUACUGAAAUCUUGCUGGGUAACAAAAACAGUGAGAUAUGAAUUAAGGCAACAAGGGGAGGGAUAUCUCCUGUGUGGUUAUUGAGCCUGCCAAGGCAUUGACUUGCAAAUGUAUAAAAGGGUCCACAUCCUUUGAUCCACUGCAGUCUGAGAAGGUUCCAGUUAGUGCUUUGGGAGCUCAGUGAAAAUGGAUCUGAUCGUGACGGCACUGAUCCUUACUGUGGGCUUCGUCAUCUUCUUCACCAGCCUCGUUCAGAGAAAGCUGAAGGGAGAGAAAUAUCCGAAAUGUUUGCCUUCCUUCCCGUUGAUCGGAAGUCUGCUGAGUCUAAGGAGCAAUCUCCCCCCUCAUCUCCACUUCCAAAACCUCCAGAAGACAUAUGGCAGCCUCUUCUCCCUCAUGAUGGGCCCACGAUAUGUGGUGGUGAUCAAUAAUUACCAAUACGCCAAGGAGGUCCUGCUAAAAAAGGGCAAAUUAUUUGCGGGGAGACCCAGUUUGGUGUCAACGGACUUGCUCUCCAGAGACGGAAAAGGCAUUGCAUUCGCAAACUACAGCCCAACCUGGAGAUUCCACAGGAAGCUCGUUCAAUCGAAUAUCUAUCAAUGUGGCAAUGGUCUCGAAACUCUUGAGGAACUAAUUUGUAAAGAGGUGACUUCCAUUUGCACCAUGCUUGAACAGUUCGUAGACGCCCCGCUCGACUUAAUGACCGAGGUGUCACGGAUGGUGACAAAUGUAAUCAGCUUGUUGUGUUUCAACUCAUCCUAUGAAAAGGGUGACCCAGAGUUCCAGAAAAUGCUUGAUUACAGCCAAGGAAUUGUGGAGACUGUCGGAAGAGACAACUUAAUGGACGUCUUCUCCUGGCUACAGUAUUUUCCCAACGAGGCUCUUCAAACUCUGAAACGAUCCAUUGCUUCUCGAGACAGUAUCCUUCACAGGAAAUUUGAAGAGCACAAGGCAAAUUAUAACAGUGAAUCCAUCAAUGACUUACUGGACUCUCUGCUGAAAGCUCAGGAGAAUGUAAAGAACAACAACAGUCCGAUCCCUGGACCACACCUGACCGACGACCAUUUGCAGAUGACCAUGGCAGACAUAUUUGGAGCGGGGGUGGAGACCACGAGUACUACUAUCGCCUGGAUCAUUCUCUACCUGCUCCACCAUCCACAGGUGCAAACUAAAAUACAGGAGGAAAUUGAGAAUAAUGUAGGACAUGAAAGACCCCCUAAAAUAAGUGAUCGAUGCAACCUGCAUUUUCUCAAUGCGACCAUAAGUGAAACGCUGAGGAUCCAGCCAGUGGCACCUCUCCUCAUCCCUCAUGUGGCUUUGGUAGACACCAGCAUUGGUGACUACACAAUCCCCAAAGAUUCAAAUGUGAUCAUCAACCUCUGGGCUAUUCAUCACGACGAGAAGGAAUGGAAAAGUCCAGGCACCUAUGAUCCAACUCGUUUUUUGGACACAGAAGGAAAGUACAUGCACUCACCUUCGCCCAGUUUCCUGCCCUUUGGCGCCGGCCCAAGAGUCUGUGUCGGGGAGGUGCUGACAAAGAUGCAACUAUUCCUCUUCUUUGCCACCUUCCUCCAGCGCUUCACCGUGGAGGUUCCCGCCGGGCACCAGCUGGCGGGCCUGAUUGGGAAAUCUGGGAUCGUCCAGCAACCAGAGAAAUUCAAAAUCCAACUCAAGUCCAGGAAGGCGUGGAAAGGCUGCGUCUCGUAAGACUGACAGCAAAGUGUUGCCCCGUUUGCAACCUUCCUCAGUGAGAAGGAGCAUGGAGAGUAACUGUAAACCGCUGAGCCCCGUAUCUUCUAAAUGUUGUCAUUCGCACUUGGCAUGCGCAUGUUAUGUCCAAAGUGUCUUUGUAAAUUUUCUCGUGUAUUCUCCACUGGAAAGAGCAACAAAAUGUUACCUUCAACCUUGUGUGGAGAGGUUUGCAGUUGGUGGGGUGAGGCCUUAACUUCUCUUCGGGUUUACAUGACUAGGUGGAAAGACUUGGCUGCAGGGUCUGCCCCAUUAGAGUCCUCGUAAAUAAAAGCCUCGAAGCGUCAAAUGGAAAGCUCUUGUAGAAUGAGGUUUACUGUGAUUGUAAAUCAGAUCUCCAAUCUCAACACCAGGAGAACAUCCAUUCCCUUUCCCUCAACGAGGCAACUCAAGUCGACAUUCACGUGCAACACCCACAGCCUUUGAGUAGUGAGGGAUUUUAAGGGCCUGUCCCACUUUCACGACCUAAUUCACGACCUUUUUUACUCGUGGACAUUUUUCAUCAGGCUAGAAAAUAGCUCCGACCUACUUGAUGCCACGAGUACCUACGAUUAGCAUCACGACCUACCUACGACCUCCUACGACCUUGUGAUGACCAUGCUGCGAGUAUGAGUCAAGGGCAAACUCGGCAGAGGUCGUGAAUGUGGGACAGGCCCUUUAGCAGGCAGCUGCUGGUUUUAGUUUAGUUUGCAGAUUUAAGCGUGGAAACAGGCCCUUUGGCCCACCGAGUCCACCCUGACCCUCGACCACCCGUUCACACUAGUUCCAUGUUAUCCCACUUUCACACCUGGCCUGGCAUGUGUUUGUAUAUAGUGUAGAACUCAAAGUGCAGGAGUAACUCAGCGGGUCAGGCAGCAUCUCUUGGAGAACAUGGGCAGGUGACGUUUUGGGUCGGGACCUCAGUCUGCUGAUUAUAGUCACGGGGGGGGGGGUGGGGGGUAGAAUAUUGGAAAAGAGGUGGUGGUGGGACAAAGCCAAGCAAGUGGUAGGUGGAUGCAGCAAGGGGCGUGGGAGGAGUUGAUUGCUGCAAAUCUCCAUGCCGCUCUCUCCCUCACCCCCCCUCUCUCUCCCUCCCCCCCUCUCUCCCUCCUCCUGUCACCCACUUUCCCUUUCCUCCUCUCUCUCCCUCCCUCUCCCUGCUUCUCUCCCUCAAGCUUUUCACUGUACCUUGAUAUACGCAACAAUAAACUGAACUCAAACUCAAUGAGAGAGGGAUUGAGCAGAUACUUGGUUUGACAAAUGUUGCAGCAUCGACAUAUUUGAAUAGUUUAGUUUAUUAUUAUUCUCAUUUGUUCUUGAUUAGUACGGGUGUCAGGGGUUAUGGGGAGAAUGGAGGAGAAUGGGGUUAGGAGGGAUUGACAGAUCAGCCAUGUUUGAAUGGCGGAGUAGAUUUGAUGGGCCAAAUGUACUAAUUCUGCUCCUAUCACUUAUGACCUUUUGAAUCCUUGAAUAUGGAACAGUCCCCCAACACAAAGCCGUUUUGAAGUAUCAUACAUCUAAAAUAGAAAAGUCUGCUAAACACGUAUUUGAAUAUUAAUAGCCACAUUUUCUGAUAGUCAGAAGCUCUGCCAGUCAGGUACUGAGACGCCAAAUUGCUGGACAUUACAUUGGCCCUGGCGUUUUGAUGUUUUGAAUAAAAAGCCUCAUUCUCCCAUCUGAAGAUAGGUGAAUCCCUCUCAAUCUUCUGUAGCAAAAACAAGUACUGCUAAAAUUGUCACAUUCAAAGGCAGGUAGAACCCGGCAGGUCAAGCAGCAUCUGUGGAAGCAAAAUUUAGCAAGUUUGCAGGGUUUUGAGCCAAAAUAUCGCCUAUUUAAUCUACUUUAGUUGAAAAAUACAGCACGGAAACAGGCCCUUCGGCCCAUCAAGUCCACGCCGACCUGCGAUCACCCCUUACGCUAGCAUUAUCCUACAUACUUUACUAAGCAGGACAAUUUACCGCUGCGACACAGUGCAGCCAAUUAACCUACAAACCUACAUAUUUGGAGUGUGGGAGGGAACUGGAGCACCCAGAGAAAACCCACGCAGGUCACAGGGAAAACAUGCAAACUCCUUACAGACAUCAACCGUAGUCAGGUUCGUACCCCAUGUCUCUGGCGCUGUAAGGCAGCAACUCUACCACUGCGCCACCGUGCUGCCCACAUCUGACAUCUUUUGCCUCCAUAGAUGCUGCUGGACCUGAUUUCUUCCAUCAUUCUGAUUUUGUUCUAGAUUUCAACAUCUGCAGUCUUUCAAGUCAUCACAUUGAUUCUUAUCUUGUAAUUAUCUCUCAUUGAUGAAUACUUCAGGGGGUCACAGCUUCACAGUGACGGUCAUUCAAAAUCAUGAUCCAAAGCUUGGGAUGUUUAUAUUAAAUAUUUGCAUGAAAAAAUUCUAUAUAAAUAUAUAUUGACUAUUACUACUUGAUUUCAUCUUUUGAAGCUCAAUAAAAGGUGUGGUUAAUGGUGA